GAAGGAAGCAUUUUACAUAAGAUCUAGAGGCAGAGAUCUCCAGAGAAGGGCAUCGUUCUACUGCAGGUCAGUCAGAAAGAUCUAAUUCGAGUUUAUUUAACCAAAUCAUCUGGGUUGAUUGCAUACGGAAUUGAAGAAACUGCAAGUUCUUGAACCGGGUCUGAACAAUGGAGACUGCACCAGCAAAAACGCUACAGAAAAGGCAAGUUAUCUUUCUUGCUAUAUUAUUGCUUUUGUGGGAGGCUGGCUCUGAAGCAGUUAGGUAUUCCAUGCCAGAAGAAACUGAAAGUGGGUCUUUUGUGGCCACCCUGGCAAAAGACCUGGGGCUCAGGGUGGGGGAACUGGCCACUCGGGGCGCGCGAAUCCAUUACAAAGGAAAUAAACAGCUCUUGCAGCUGGAUGUAACGACCGGGAAUUUGCUUCUAUAUGAAAAACUAGACCGGGAGGUGCUGUGUGGGGCGACAGAUCCCUGCAUACUGCAUUUCCAACUAUUACUGGAAAACCCGGUGCAGUUUUUUCAAGCUGAUCUGCAGCUCACAGAUAUAAAUGACCAUUCCCCAGAGUUCCUCGAGAGGGAAAUGCUCCUAAAAAUCCCAGAAAACGUCCAGACAGGGACUGUGUUUCCUUUGAAAAUAGCUCAGGACUCUGACAUAGGUAGCAACACUAUUCAGAAUUACACAAUCAGCCCCAACUCCCAUUUUCAUGUUGUCACUCAUAAUCGCGGAGAUGGCAGAAAAUACCCAGAGCUGGUGCUGGACAAACCGCUGGAUCGGGAGGAAGGGCCUGAGCUCAUUUUAACCCUCACGGCGCUGGAUAGUGGGGCUCCGCCCAGGUCCGGGACCACUGCAGUCCGCAUUGAAGUCGUGGACAUCAAUGACAACGCCCCUGAGUUUUUACAGUCGGUCUAUGAGGUACAGAUUCCGGAGAACAGCCCCCUAAACUCCUUAGUUGUCGCUGUCUCCGCCCGAGAUUUAGAUGCAGGAACGAAUGGGAAUGUAGCCUACGCUCUAUUGCAAGGUGAUGAAGCUACUCAACCAUUUGUAAUAGACGAAAUAACAGGAGAAAUUCGUCUGAAAAGGGCAUUGGAUUUCGAGGCAACUCGGUAUUAUAACGUGGAGAUUGCAGCCACAGAUGGCGGGGGCCUUUCAGGAAAAUGCACUGUAGUUAUAGAGGUGGUGGAUGUGAACGACAACGUCCCCGAACUGACCAUGUCGACGCUCACCAGCUCUACCCCAGAAAACUCCCCAGAGACUGUGGUGGCCGUUUUCAGUGUUUCUGAUCCAGAUUCCGGGGACAACGGUAGGAUGGUUUGCUCCAUCCAGAAUGAUCUCCCCUUUCUUUUGAAACCCACAUUCAAAAACUUUUACACCCUAGUGACAGAGAGGCCACUGGACAGAGAGAGCAGAGCGGAAUACAACGUCACCAUCACCGUCACAGAUAUGGGGACACCGAGACUGAAAACCCAGCACAACAUAACCGUGCUGGUGUCCGACGUCAACGACAACGCCCCCGCCUUCACCCAGACCUCCUACACCCUGUCCGUCCGCGAGAACAACAGCCCCGCCCUGCACAUCGGCAGCGUCCGCGCCACAGACAGAGACGCGGGCGCCAACGCCCAGGUCACCUACUCGCUGCUGCCGCCCCUCGACGCGCACGUGCCCCUGGCCUCCCUGGUGUCCAUCAACCCGGACAACGGCCACCUGUUCGCCCUGAGGUCCCUGGACUACGAGGCCCUGCGGGCGUUCGAGUUCCGCGUGGGCGCCGCCGACCGCGGCUCGCCCGCGCUCAGCAGCCAGGCGCUGGUGCGCGUGCUCGUGGCGGACGACAACGACAACGCGCCCUUCGUGCUGUACCCGCUGCAGAACGCCUCGGCGCCCUGCACCGAGCUGGUGCCCAGGGCGGCCGAGGCGGGCUACCUGGUGACCAAGGUGGUGGCGGUGGACGGCGACUCGGGCCAGAACGCCUGGCUGUCGUACCAGCUGCUCAAGGCCACGGAGCCCGGGCUGUUCGGCGUGUGGGCGCACAACGGCGAGGUGCGCACGGCCCGGCUGCUGAGCGAGCGCGACGCGGCCAAGCACAGGCUGCUGGUGCUGGUCAAGGACAACGGCGAGCCGCCGCUCUCGGCCAGCGUCACGCUGCACGUGCUGCUGGUGGACGGCUUCUCGCAGCCCUACCUGCCGGCCCCUGAAGCGGAAGCGGCGGACGCGGCCCCGGCCGCCCCGCUCACCGUCUACUUAGUGGUCGCCUUGGCGUCGGUGUCGUCGCUCUUCGUCUUCUCGGUGCUAGUGUUCGUCGCGGUGCGGCUGUGUUGGAGGGGCAGGGCGGCCUCGGUGGGUCGCUGCUCGGUGCCCGAGGGCCACCUUCCGGGCCACCUGGUGGACGUCAGCGGCACGGGGACCCUGUCCCAGAGCUACCAGUACGAGGUGUGUCUGACGGGAGGCUCCGGGUUAAAUGAGUUUAAAUUCUUGAAGCCGAUUCUCCCCAACCUCCCGACCCAGGGCGCUGGUGAAGAAAUAGAGGAAAACGCCAACUUCCGGAAUAGCUCUGGAUUCAGCUAGGGAUCUCAUCAUGAUGCAAGGUAUUUGUCAUUUAUCUCUAAUUUCCCCAGAUACCGAAUUUGAGGGCGUCAUGGAGAAAAAUUCCAUCUUCCGAUAUAGCCUUGAUUUCCUUUUUGUAAUGUAUUAGUCCAGUUAACUUUCCCUUGUCCAAUUUUUGAAAACUAAAUUCUGUUGUCAUUGCAUUUAUUUAUAGUGUGCCAUUCCAAAUCCUUGCAUGCUGUUGAUUUUCCUGAAAUUUUUGCUCCUUCCGUUGGUACUUGUUGCAAUGAACUGUCUUAAUAAAAUAUUGUUUUCUCUAUAUUCA